AUUUCAAAUUGAGCUGCUUUCUUAUGCCCAUAAUGUUUUGAUAGCAAAAACCAAAAAAAAAGAAAGAUAUAAAAGAAAUAUAUGUUUUCUUCUCUUUUUGCACAAGAUUGGAUACUUAAUGAUUUUGUGGUUUUCAAUUUUCAUUAGAGAAUAAGAUUAUAUAAAUUUUUCUAUAUGUUCUUCAGAGAGAGAGAGAGAGAGAUCUAAGACUUUAUCCGCGCAAUCUCUACUCUUAGAAAUUAGAUAUUACUCAUAUUCAAUCUAGGCAAUUUUGCAGAAAGUUUCUUCAACAUUUAUUUAACUUUAUCAGUUUAAAAUCAUCUAUGCGAAAAAUGAACAGCUAAUUUGACCUUAACACAGUAAAAUUUGGUUCUGUCAAAAUAAAUAUACACAUACGAACAAUGACAAUUAUUAUGAUUCGUAUCGACAUCAUACUUUUCUCUACUUCAAUAGAAAGACGUCAACAUAUUGAAUUGAUGAUCGGUGAGGAAUCUAUUAAAAAUAACAAUUUAUCUUUUAUUGUGAAAACGCGACAGAACGAGUAAAAUAAUAAUUAUUACGAUAUUACUAACAAUCUAGUAAAUAUUUAUUAACGAAAUCUAUGUUUGACGAAAUAUUUAAAAAAUUUAGAGCUCACGCACAUAUUUAAGGAAUUUUCUUUCCUUAUAUACUAAAUCACAUCGUACUUGUAAAUACUCUACAAGCCUAAUUUUGUUCAUUUCGAAUUCAAAUUAUUUUUCUCAAAAUGUCAUUAUAUAUAAAAAAAAUCAAUUUGAAGAAAGAAAGAACAUCUUCCGCAAUUGAAGAAAGAAAUAUAAAUGUGGAAAAUAUGUCAAUGGCAGCCUUUCUAAACGAAAACUUUCACCACACAACUUCUUUGAAUUUUUUAAAUCCUAUUUGUACGAAAAAUAUUAGAAAUUUAACAUUAUCAAAUAUUAAUAUCAGUUGCUUGCCAAUAGAGUUAGGUCGUUUGCCUUUCCUUCAAAGUGUUAAUCUAUCGCAUAAUGAGCUUGCUCAAUCUAAAUGGACAUGGCUAGAACAGGAUACUAUUAAAAAAAAUUUAAUUGAACUAGAUAUCAGCGAUAAUUCUUUAACUGAAUUACCACCACAAAUCGGAAAAUUAAAUACUUUAACAUACUUAAAAGCUUGUUUCAACAAGUUGAGAUAUCUACCACAAAGUAUUGGUAUCUUGCAAAAUUUGAAACAUAUAUAUUUAUCACACAAUAAAUUAGAAAUUUUGCCAGGGACUCUCAAAUUUUUGGGAUUGAUGUGUUUAGACAUAUCAGAGAAUUUAUUAAAAAGAGAUUACUUUUUUCAAAAUAACUUUGAUUUUGAGAUUGACAAUGCUCUUGGAUUUAAAAAAUGGAAAAUACCAACACUCAUGGAACUGUCAGCUAAGAUAAUCCUAGGCUUUAGAAUACCAUACAAUAAUAUAAAUUUAAUAUCAUCUACAUUGAUAAAAUAUUUAGACGAAGCAAAAUAUUGUUGCAUAUGCAAAAAGCCUGCUUUGAUGUCAACGCACACUCUGAUACAAACAUUAAUUAUUAUUUAUUAACAACUAUAAUUGAUAAUGAAGGCAUCAUACAGGGUUUAUUAGAGACUGAUCAUGUAACAUUGGAAUGUUACUUUUGUUCAAACGGUUGCUUGAAUCUUUUUUAUUCUGAUUAUUUCAGAAACAUUAAUGAUGAAAACUGAUAUUAUAGUUAGAUUAACAUUUAUUACAAUGUGACUUCAUUCAACAAAAUAAAUGGACAUUGAAAGCAUCUAAUUAAAA